AUGGUUGAAGUAAGGGAUGUGACGAACGUCGACGAAGAUUCUGCUGCUGGAACAAGGUUGUUUUUCACUGAAUUUAGUGUCAUCCCCGAUGUCGUGGUCCGAGAGGCAAUUGUGCGUGAGGUCGAGAUUUUCGUUUGGCGUCAUCAGCGGUCGAAGGUACACACCUCACCUCGAAGUAAACAAGUUGGAGGAAGAGAGGAAGGUAGAAUGGAAUCCUCGCAAAACACACUCCCUACUUCGCCCUACGAGACUGCCCCCGCUCCCUACAGCCAAGACCCAGGUUCUUAUCCUCCCAGCGACAACGGAAAUGCCUCGAGUCGUCUUUUUAACGGAGGGACCAUCGAAAGCCUGGGGUACAUCAUGACCAUGGCCUUCCUCGCAAGGGUCAUCGCAGACGUCGUGAGGCGAGUGAGCGCAGGGCGUUCGCUCCGUCGUCGGGAGGCUGGUGGCGAUCUCCUAAACCUGACGCGGAGAGUGUGGGCGUCCCUGUGGGCGUGGGAGAACAGGAUAAGACGUCAUAAGAGUGUCAAGCAAGUCCCUGGGAGAUAG